AUGAUCAAAAUGAAAGUACUAUUCUACGUAGUUUUGCCUCCUGUGAGGAUUGAACUCACGACCCCUGGUUUACGAGACCAGUGCUCUACCACUGAGCUAAAGAGGCUAUGCGAGGGAGACGUCGUAAUCUCGACCCUAUUCGAACUAUGUACGGAAGAUUUCACAAGAUGUCGGCAGAAGGACUCCAAACUAAACGAGUGUCUCAAAAUGGCCGUCCCUGACGCGCUCCGGAGAAUGAAGAAAGUGCCGCAGAUGGAGCCGCUGCACGUGAACAGCAUCAACGUGGACUCUGGCUCGGGGCCCGUCGUCAUCACGCAGAUGGCUGAUCUCAAAAACUACAGACUGAGGACUGACUCCAUCACUCCUAAGAUGGAGUUCAUAGCUGACUACAUCAUGAGGGGCAGGAUCCUACUACUCCCUAUCCAAGGAAAAGGUGUCGCGAACAUUACAAUGGUGAACCUGGUGGUGAAACACGAUCUGAUUGGUGAGCCAGUAGUCAAGGAUGGACAGACAUACAUGCACAUCAAAGAAUACAGAGUCAAGUUCAUCCCGCAGAAGGUCGUGCUGUACUUCUCCAACCUCUUCAACGGAGACAAGGUGCUCGGUGAUAAUAUGAACGAAUUCCUGAACUCAAACUCGGACCUAGUCUUCAAUGAACUGAAGGAGUCUUAUGAAAAAUCACUCAGUUCUGUAUUCCAGAAUGUCACCAAUGAGAUAUUCGACAGGGUGCCAAUGAACAAAAUAUUCCUCGAAGAUUAGUCUGUAAGAGUGGCAAGACUUAGGGCCGAAAUUGAUAACUGAUCGCCUUUCAAAACCUUCUAACUAAAACACACUUAAUAAGCACGACUCCGGCACGAUUUCAGCACAUAAUACAAAAAGGUUACAACUUUUUAAUAUUAACGUUAUGAAACGACAUACGAUUUAAAGUACAUAUUUAAAUGACAAGUUCAUUGAACCCUGCCGGAGCGGUGCCUAUUAGGGAUGCCAUGACCUUGUGAUCAAUAAUUUUUGACAUUAAUUCUUGUGAAAAACCCUGUAAAUAAAAAAGAAAAAAAAUUUUUGACAUAAUUUAUGUUUUAUACAACUUCUGACAUGAAAAAUAAAUCAAGAUUGAUCUAGAUAGUUCUGGUUAAGACCGGCGAUUGAUUUAGCCCAUUAAUAAUUGCUAUCUGCAAUACUUAGUUUAUUUAAAUAUCAUUUCAUAAGCGAGGGACACAAAUAACACACAUUGGUAUUUGUUGUAUUUAUUGAAGCUGCUUUAAUUAGACUUCGUUAGUAUAAGUGUAAAAUAAUUAUAAAAUAGUUAUAAGAGUAAGUAGGUAAAUUUAAUUAUAAAAAACUAUGUAUAAGUAAAAAUAAUUUAAUAAAAAAUAUGCCAUGUUUUACUUGACGUCAGUCCCAGUAUUUAUCAUUAGAUUUAUUCGAGCUUGUUGGAACAUUAGUAUUAACAAAUCUUCUUGUGGCCAGAAAUACAUCGGUCUGUGAGCUAUGCGCCAUCUAUGACGUGUUAAUGGAAACGUUGAUGAUGGGAGGAUUUUAUUGGUUGGUGUAUGAUGGGUUCCCUGCCUAUUUUGGAAGGUUGGCGUUCGUUCAGUUCCACAUCUUGCAUCUCUCUCUCCAUCUGUACAAUUUGCGCGUUCUUCAUACAACGCGCCUUGCAGAAGGCUUCGUUUAUAAUAAUCACUGA